AGUUGAACCCGGUCGAAUAUAUGUUCUACCGCUUGUUGAAACCGAUUUUUAAUACACUGGAAUUGCCCAGCUACGCUCCCUUAGACAAACCCCAACUGUUUCAUAAUUCCAAUUGUGUAAAACGAAUUUGAAUUUUUCUGCUCUACUGAAAUCCGACUGACUAAUGGCGGACAAUCUUCCUUUAGCAUCGCCAUCCACCUCGACAAACCAUGAUUCAAUGACGAAGGUUACGGAUAUGGAUAUUGACUCGCUGGUUCACUGUGCAAGCUACCUCACCCUUCAAGAUAUCUCUAACAUGGCCCUCUCCUGUAAAUAUCUCAAUCGCGUCGUUUAUUCUGAUUCCAUCUGGCGACGCUUGUACAGGGAACAGUGGCCGGAGCAGGAACCCUAUAUCAUUUCACAAACAUCAUUUCCAACUGCAAGAGAAGCAUAUUUAGGACGAUAUAGUGAUUUGCAGCGGUUUAAGUUCGUUGACCCUCUAGUUUAUGAUGUGCACAUGGGGAUUGGGGCAAAAUGCAGCGACUUCAUAUUUAGCAACAAUUCUAUACUUUUUUCUCAGGGUCCGGUUAUAAAGAUUUUGAGCAUUGAUAAACUGUUAGAAGGAAAAACUUCCCUUAUCUCACUUAACGAUCAUCGUGCAAGAAUUACCUGCAUGAGAUUGUUUCCCCUAAAAGAAACAUCAUUAUUUCGGAACGAAGCACAAAGAAACGAAAAUGUUUUAGUUACCUCAAGCUCUGAUCACUCAAUUCGACUAUGGUGGAAGGGAAGUUGCCAAAGAUGUUUCAGAGGUCACAAUGGCCCAGUUACUAUCCUCUCUGAUAAGUUGUUGGGAGAUGGAACUGGAAAAGUUUUUGCCAGUGGAGGUGAAGACAGUACAGUCCGCCUUUGGUCAAUGAGCUCAGGUGGAAAGCGUGGUGGUCAACAUGCUUUGAAGGCCACACUUUAUGGGCAUGAGAAACCUCUAGUGUUCAUGUCUGUUGUUCAGCACAAAGCCUCUCUUCUAGCAAGCAUGUCUAAAGAUUCCAAGGUUAGGGUAUGGGAUACGACAAUAUCUUCUGAUCGUAGUUCGUGUUGUGUGGGCAUGACUUGUAUCCCUGGUGUGCCAGUUGGCAUCAAGUGCCAUGAUUCAUUGCUUUAUAUAGCUGCUGGUUCUUCCUUUGUAGCAGUUGACUUGAGGACAAUGAAAACAGCUUUCAAGACAUCAACAAACCAACCAAAAUUGUUUUCAUUCGACAUUCUCCCCUCAAAAUUUUUAGCAUGCACCGGUGGAGUUGGCAGAGCCAUGCUUUGGGACAUAAGGAGAAGUAUAGGGACCGGGGAUGCAGAUCCGAUGGCUGAGCUGGACGGGCAUGUGGGUCCCGUGACACACUUGCACAUGGACCCGUACAAAGUAGUCACAGGAGGUCGUGAAGAUCCAUAUGUUAAUAUCUGGGAUGCCGACACGGGUAAUCAAACGAAUAUUUUGAGGAGUAGCUCAAAUCUAAAUCUAGAUGGUGGUGGAUGUGGGUGUUGUGGUAUGGCUGCAGAUGGGUUUCGUAUUGUUACAGCUUGUUUUAAUGGAGAAGAGUGUGUGGUAAAUUUUAGAGAUUUUAAUAAUGCUGUUUGUUAUGGCUCAUUUAGUGAGAAUGUAACCGGUUCAAAAUUUUGGUGCCCAUCAACUUCAACUUACGGUUUGAGCACAUAACUGAAAUAAACGAAGGUUAACUGA